CAGAAGGGAGGGGGCGUUCAAAACGUCGGCUGGAAUCCUUUGCUGCAGAAAAGAGGCUGGACUCGGAAUGGCAUGAAGCAAAAGCAGAGGUCAUGACUGACUGUUAGCAACACAAUUCCUUGGAGUAAAACAAUUCCCAAACGGGCUCCAAGAUGCCGCACAUUGAUAACGACAUCAAGUUAGACUUCAAGGAUGUCCUUCUCCGGCCCAAACGGAGUACUCUCAAAUCCCGCAGUGAGGUGGAUCUCAUGAGGUCCUUCACAUUCCGCAACUCCAAGCAGACAUACACAGGGAUCCCCAUCAUUGCUGCCAACAUGGACACCGUGGGCACCUUUGAGAUGGCCAAAGUUCUUUGCAAGUUCUCUCUCUUUACAGCCAUCCACAAACACUAUAGCUUGGAUGAGUGGAAGGAGUUUGCAGCUCAGAACCCAGAUUGUCUCCAGCAUGUGGCAGCCAGCUCAGGUACUGGUUCUUCAGACUUCGAGCUGUUGGAGCAAAUCCUGGAGAGUGUACCUCAAGUGCGCUACAUCUGCUUGGACGUGGCUAAUGGCUACUCAGAGCAUUUUGUCCAGUUCUUGAGGGAUGUGCGCAAACGAUUUCCCGAUCACACCAUCUUAGCAGGGAAUGUGGUGACAGGGGAGAUGGUGGAAGAGCUUAUCUUGUCAGGAGCUGACAUCAUCAAAGUGGGAAUUGGACCAGGCUCAGUUUGUACCACGCGGAAGAAGACAGGAGUGGGCUACCCCCAGCUCAGUGCGGUCAUGGAGUGUGCUGAUGCUGCUCAUGGCCUGAAUGGGCACAUCAUCUCGGAUGGAGGCUGCAGCUGCCCAGGGGAUGUGGCAAAGGCAUUUGGUGCUGGUGCGGACUUUGUCAUGCUGGGUGGGAUGCUGGCCGGACACACGGAGUCUGGUGGAGACCUCAUUGAGAAGGAAGGCAAGAAAUACAAGCUCUUCUAUGGCAUGAGCUCGGAAGUAUCUAUGAAGAAGUAUGCCGGGGGUGUUGCAGAGUAUAGGGCAUCAGAAGGGAAGGUGGUGGAAGUGCCCUUCAAGGGUGAUGUGGAGCACACCUUGAGGGACAUCCUGGGCGGGAUCCGUUCCACCUGCACAUAUGUUGGGGCCGCUAAGCUGAAGGAACUCAGCCGCAGGACCACCUUCAUCCGGGUCACCCAGCAAGCCAACCCUAUAUUUGGGGAUUCACACCAGCCCUGAGCCUUCCCGCUUCUCUUCCCCACCCCCAAGAGGUUACUUUUGAUUUUGUACAACUUAAUCCUUUUCCGUUCAUGUCAUUAUUUGGACUUGAAGCAGAGGAAUGUGCCAUAUCUGAUGGUGAAGCCAAAAAGAAGAUGGGCCAGUUUACCCUGACCAUCCAGUAUCUCUGGAGAAGAUACUAUUUUGGACAUCAGCUGUCCCUUUCUCUCUCCAAAUCAGUGGUUCUCAGCUGUUAGCCAUCCUGAUGUUUUUAGGGCUUCAGCUCUCAGAAGCUCCAGGUAACAUGGUAAAUACUCAGGGAUUCUGGGAACUGAAGUACAAAACAUCUAGCAGCCAGUGGUUAGGGACCAUUUCACUCCAUAGUAUUGGUGAUUCUAAUGAAGGUCUGUUUCUACCUUACUCUUUGAUUAAUGGUGGGAGGAUGUAUAUGUCACCCUGUUAUUUCAGUGUUUGUGUGCUUUUUCCAAUCAUUUUUUUCUUCCAAAGUGUUCUUGCAUUACAACAUUCCAUCUUUUGUCUUCAAAGACCAAAGGGCAGCAGGGGAUGAGUUUUCCAUCCACUAGCCGCUUGACAAACUGGAAAAGACAACAGAGAUAUCAAGUGGAAGGGUUGACCAUAUUUAUUAAAUAAACCUUUAAAGUAACUUGCA